AUGGCAGCAUCAAUGAGAACAGAGACGGAUGCGUUCGGAGAGGUGCAGGUGCCGAGUGACAGGUACUGGGGUGCGCAGACGGAGCGAUCACUGGAGAACUUCAAGAUCAACCAACCACAAGAUCGCAUGCCGCCGCCCAUUGUACGAGCAUUCGGUAUACUCAAGGGUGCGGCAGCAAAGGUCAACACCAAGUUUGGACUAGACCCCAAACUCGGCGAUGCAAUCCAACAAGCAGCCUCCGAAGUCGCCUCCCUCAAACUUGUCGACCACUUCCCUCUCGUCGUCUGGCAGACCGGCUCUGGUACCCAAUCGAACAUGAAUGCCAAUGAAGUCAUCUCCAACCGUGCCAUCGAAAUCUUGGGCGGCACAAUGGGAAGCAAGAAACCCGUCCACCCUAACGACCACGUCAACAUGUCCGCAUCUAGCAACGACACCUUCCCCACAGUCAUGCAUAUUGCGGCUGUCCUGGAGUUCGAAGAGCAACUACUGCCCGCUAUCAAGGCACUUCGAGAUGCAAUGGAGAAGAAACGUCAGGCCUUCGAACACAUCAUCAAGAUCGGUCGAACCCAUCUCCAAGACGCCACACCCCUGACCCUCGGCCAAGAAUUCUCAGGCUACAUCACCCAACUCGACUACGGCGUCCUCCGCAUCCAAUCUGCCCUCCCUCGCCUCCGCUACCUAGCCCAAGGCGGCACAGCCGUCGGCACCGGCCUGAACACCUUUAAGGGCUUCGCCGAGGACAUCGCCACGGAGGUCAGCGCCAUGACAGGCCACGAAUUCCAAACCGCACCGAAUAAAUUCGAGGCGCUUGCCGCCCACGACGCGAUAGUAGAAGCGCACGGCCAGUUGAACACCCUCGCCACCUCCCUCUUCAAGAUCGCACAGGACAUCCGAUUCCUCGGCUCCGGCCCACGCUGUGGUCUGGGUGAGCUGAAACUCCCCGAGAACGAACCCGGCUCGUCCAUCAUGCCUGGUAAAGUCAACCCCACACAGUGUGAGAGUAUGACAAUGCUCUGCACCCAAGUCUUCGGCAACCAAGCCGCCGUCACCUUCGCCGGCUGUCAAGGGAACUUUGAGCUCAACGUCUUCAAACCCGUCAUGAUCGCCAAUCUCCUCCACUCCACCCGUCUCCUGACCGACGGCAUGAACUCCUUUCGCAUCAAUCUCAUGGAGGGAUUAGAGGCAGACGAGAAGAGGAUCGCGGCCUUGUUGAAGGAGAGUUUGAUGCUGGUCACUUGUUUGAAUCCGGUCAUUGGGUAUGAUAUGGCGUCUAAAGUGGCAAAGAAUGCGCAUAAGAAGGGGUUGUCGUUGAAGGAGAGUGCGAUGGAGCUUGAGGCGCUGUCGGAGCAGCAGUUUGAUGAGGCGGUUAGGCCGGAGUUGAUGAUUGCGCCCAAGGAGAAGAAGUAG